AUGACUGGUGCCGAAAUGGCUGGUGCCGAAAUGGCUGGUGCCGAAAUGACUGGUGCCGAAAUGACUGGUGCCGAAAUGACUGGUGCCGAAAUGGCUCGGUGCCGAAAUGGCUGGUAACGAAAUGGCUGGUAACGAAAUGGCUGGUAACGAAAUGUCGCGGAGCCGAUUUUUGUAGUUGACACCUUUUUUGAACAACCACUGCCUGGGCUACGGUAGCUCUUGGAAGUUGGACCUGAAACGCGUACUUCCCAGAGCUACAGUAGUCCGGGGAGUGGUCGUACGAAAAAGUUGUCAACUGCAAAAAUGUUAUACAUGUCUAGUACAAUAACUUUGUAGUUGACAACGUUUUUGAAAAACCACGCCCAGGGGUACUGUAGCUUUUGGAAGUUAGGAUCGCUUUUCAGAGUGUUUUUUUUUCACGUGACCUUCCUAAAUUUCAACAUACGUUCACAGCAACAGAUCACCAAUUUUCCACAUUCCGAUUCGCGACGACUCGAUAGAUUACGAAGAAAACUUUUGCGAUCUUGCUGAAACAAUGAGCACCAAUCAGGCACCAAAACAGGCGGCGGCGGCACCGCCAGCGCCACCAAAGAACGGAAAAGAGGCGGCGAAGGAAGGAAGUAAAGAGGGAGCCGGAUUCACUGAAGAUCGCUUCAAGACGUUCAACAUCACCGGCGCCGAUUUACUGAAGUUCGAUUUGCCGAAAUUCAUCCGAAAACUGCUGCGAAAGAACGGAGCGCCCAAGGCGGUCAAGCACGAGGUUCGUUUCUCGUCGAAUACUUUGAUCACUUUGAGAGUGAUUCUAGAAAAAAGGUGUAUACUACAAAAUUGAAUAUCACGACAAGUAUCCGUUUUCAGAUAAAAGACUUCUUUAGACGUAUUUCAUAAAAUGUCCGUAAUUGCGCGUAGGUUCAUGCGCCUUCGCGCGCCAAUACACACAAGUUUUUAGCCCCUCUUCACGGCGACCAAAAGUGUAGAACAGGGCGUGGCCUAAUCUGAGACGCGUUUUCUGAAAAUUACCGCAAUUCCAGCACACUUUUCCGAUAUUCUUGUGUUUGAUAUCGACGAAAGAAGAGACAUUAAAGAGAGAAAACAUUGAAAUUUUCGUGAAAACGCCGCGUUCGAGACGUUUUUCGAAUAUUUCGCAAUACGCUCUCCGCGGCCAAUCGCCGCCGCAAUUUCGGAAUUUUCAUGCCGAUCUGGAUAGUUUUGAGACGAAGUGAGUGUCGGAAGUGAUUAAGCACGUUAAUACAAAUAUUUUAAGCGUUCAAACGGCAAAAAGUAUCGGCGAAUUACUGAAAUUCGCGCAUUUUCAGCACAAAACUUGAAAAUCGAUUGAAUUGAUUCAUUCUCUGAAUGAAACCUGCUCGUUUUAAGCUCAAAAAGUGUGCGAUGAUUAGUUUAACAAAGUUAUUAUGCAAUUACAUCGUCGAAAUCGUACAAAAUUUGGGUGAUUUUUACGAAAAACAUGAAAAAUAGGGGGGUAAAUUUCGAAUUUCGCGCCAAAAUGGUGAUAAACCGUGCACGCUAGGCCCCCGCGCCCCUUUCUACGUUUUUGGUCGCCGUGAGCUCUUUAAAAAACUUACAAUCGACGCUGUCGUCCGUCUCCCUCAAAACUGUACUCACCCUCUUUUUUAGAGUUUUUUCGGCUGAAAAUUUUACAAUUGUUUUUACGGAAAUUUUACAGAAUAUCCGUUUUCAGAUAAAAGACGUUCACGUGCUGCUGGAACGCGUGCGCGACGUCUACAUGGCCGAUCGGUGCGCGCUGAUCGAGGUGCCGCAUCCGGUGAACAUUUGCGGCGACACGCACGGACAGUACACCGACCUUCUGCGCAUUUUCAAUGCUUGCGGUGCGCCGACCCGCACGCGCUACCUGUUCCUCGGCGAUUACGUCGACCGCGGCCGUCACUCGAUGGAGGUCAUCAUGCUGCUGUUCGCACUGAAAUUGGCGCUGCCGAAGAAGAUGUACUUGUUGAGAGGGAAUCACGAGUUGAAGGCCAUCAACAAGUUAGUUGUUUUCAGAGGCAUACUUACUAUCAAAUUAAUAAUCGUGCCUCCGGUCCCCCGUCGCAACACGCCCCUUUCUGCAAGUGCCGCACAUUUCAUGUCAAUUAGUAAUUAUUUUUCUUGGAAAAUACCCAAAUUAAAGUUGAGAAUCUCGUUUAAAUCUAUCUGUUUGCGCUGAUAAUUCUCUAAAAACACUCGAAAGCAAUUAAUUUCCGUCAGGGCGUAGCUUUAAUUUGUGUAUUUUCCAAGAAAAAUAAUUAAUUGACCAGCGUGUGCACAUUGCAUGUGCGACACUUGCAGAAAGGGGCGUGCGUCUUUUACCUAUUUUUUGUACGCCUAGAACCUGGCGUCGAAUAAUUAGAGCACUCGCUACGUUUUGGUAACAGAAAUCUCGCAUAUCGUUGAGAAUUAGCCGAGUUAUUUCGAUUUGAACGUUUUGGCCUGGAUUUUGAUGUUUUUCGAAUAGUUUUCGAAAACUGCUCAACAAAACUAACCGCCGGAAACUUAAUUUUGUGAAGAAAGAUUCAGCGAACAUUUUUAUCGUUUGUUGCGCUCAUGAAAUGCAAAAUGAGCUGAAAUAUAAAGGUUUGAAGUUUUGACGAAAUGCGAAAAACAUGAAAAACUCUAAAUUCUGUAAAUAACGGUUUCCAAUCAGUAAAAUAUUGUUUUCAGGGCGUUUUUCAAGUCAAAAAGAAAGAAAUAAAGGUUGUAAACUCGAAUUGAACUGCAUUUUUAGACCUGCAAAUUUUCAAAAGUUACAACGAUUCUCCGCAAUUUACGAGCGCACUGUGUUUAGCAUUAGCGCCCUGGGAGACCGUGAACCUAACCAGUUUUCCAGAAACUACGGGUUCAAGCAAGAGGUCAAGAACGUGUACCGAGAUCUCGGCGGCGAACACGGCGAAUGUCUCUACAAUCACUUUAACGAGGUGUUCACGUGGAUGCCGCUGGCCGCCCACGUCGCCGGACGCAUUCUUUGCAUGCACGGAGGUGAGUACGGCCAUGUCACGUCAUUUUUCGCGUUUUUUUCGGGAAUCUCUCCAUGCUUGACGUCUCUGAAUGCGAUCCGUGAGAUUCCGUUGCCGUUGGAGACGGCCAAGUCGAAUGUGAGUGUGCCGAGACGUUCUCUUCAAAUUGCAGCCACAGUGUGCGAUGGCAAUUUUAGAAUUUGGCGUGUGAUUUGCUGUGGGCGGACCCGGAGGCGAAGGCGACCGCGUUCGCGCCCAACAAGAUCCGCGCCAUCUCGAACAUCUUUGGCCCGAAGCAAGUGGACGAGCUGUGCCGCAAACUCGACCUCGACUACAUUAUCCGCGCGCAUCAGGUGGUCGAGUACGGCUACGCGUUCUUUGUCGACCGCCGCCUCAUCACCGUCUUCUCGGCGUCGCGCUACCAAGAGGAGCUGCACAACUACGCGGCCGUCGUCAUCAUCGACGCGGACCGCGAGCUCAGUUUUUUGCAAUUGAAGCCCGAGGAGUUUGAUCAGCGACGCGACGAAUUGGAAGCGGCCGGCACGCGCGAGCCCGAGCAGACGACUGCGAACGUGCCCGAUCCGAAGACGCCCGAGAAGAGCCAGAGUGGCAAUUCGAAGAAGCAAUAG